AUGUCGGAUACAGCUCUACACGAACCUGCGCUACCUCACCUCUCCGAUGCGCCUCCAUCCAGCGCUGGUCGCUCGUCUCCCGGCCACACCGGAGGCGAGCAGCCCCACGAGGCCAUCUCCGACGAGCUGAAAGCCCGCCUGGACAAAGUCAUCUACUCCGAUAUCGGUAUCACCACUCUCCUAACUCGGCUCAAGCAAAGCGUAGCCUCCGCCAAAGACUUUUCAACAUUUUUGAAGAAGCGCGGAUCCCUCGAGGAGGAGCAUGCUCAGGGGCUGAGGAAGCUCUCUCGAGUGAUCAAUGAUGCGGCGAGCCGUACCGAGAACCGACAGGGAACGUACAGCUCCAGCUACAAAGAUAUCCACCGAUUGCAAGAGCGGAUGGUCGACCAUGGCCUUCAGUUUGCUGUCUCUCUUCACCAAAUGGCUGAUGACCUGCACGAACAAGCAGGUAACAUUGAGCGCGGCCGCAAGCAAUGGAAGCAGACCGGUUUAGCUGCAGAGAAGCGAGUUGUCGAUGCGGAAUCUUUGGCUGAGAAGGCAAAAGCUAAAUACGAGUCUUUGGCCGAGCAGUACGACCGUGUUCGCACAGGCGAUAAGCAGGGCGGAAAGUUUGGUCUGAAGGGCCACAAGUCUGCUGCUCAGCAUGAGGAGGAGUUGUCGCGCAAAGUUCAGAAUGCUGAUAGUGACUAUGCGGCCAAGGUUCAAGCUGCUCAGGCCGCACGCCAGGAGCUUGUUUCUAAGCACCGGCCUGAGGCCGUUGAGAACCUCCAGAAGUUGAUUAGAGAGUGUGACUCUGGCUUGACUCUGCAGCAGCAAAAGUUCGCUUCUUUCAGUGAGAAAUUGCUUCUCGGUCAGGGUCUCUGUGUUAGCCCUCUUAAGAGUGACACUGGGUCAUUUGGCCCCAAGAGUCUUUCUGAGGUUGUGCGCCAGGUUGACAACCAGAAGGAUCUCCAUGAGUUCAUCCUGAGCCACGAGGGCAAUCCUGGGGCUGUGGCUUCAGAACAGGUCAAAUACGAGCGCCAUCCCACCCUUGGUGGAGGUGGUGUUGCUGCCCCAACCCCUGCUCCUGCGGCACCUUCGCAACCAAACUCCCAGAACAAGCGCAUGUCGAUGUUGCCGCAGGCGUUCUCCUCCCAGGCCAAUGUCUCCUCGCCCGCACCUCAGCAACCACAGAGCGCUGAUAGAUUACCUCAACAACUUCCUUACCCAUCCCAGCCAGAUACAUUCACCCCACCCCCAGCAGGAACACAACCUCCUUACCCGAUCUCGGGACCGCCUGAGCCUGCCCCCAAGGUCCAAGCGCCAAUGGCAGGACCUCCCCCAAUGGACAAGAGCUUCCAGUCGAAUCUCCCUCCUUUGAAGCCGGUGUUUGGUGUCUCACUGAAUGACCUGUACGCCCGUGAUGGAACUGCAGUUCCGUUCCUUGUGUACCAGUGCUUCCAGGCUGUUGAGCUGUUUGGUCUGGACAUGGAGGGCAUCUAUCGACUUUCGGGAAGUGCUAACCACAUUAGCCAUAUGAAGGCUGUAUUUGAUAAUGAUUCUUCGCAAGUCGACUUUACCAACCCGGAGACUUUCUACCACGAUGUCAACAGCGUUGCAGGACUCGCGAAGCAAUUCUUCCGAGACCUUCCUGACCCUCUGUUUACUUCCCAGUAUUACUCUCAAUUUGUUGACGCAGCUCGUAUCGACGACGAUAUCCAACGUCGGGAUUCGAUGCACGCUCUCAUUAACAGCUUGCCCGAUGCUCACUAUGCCACUCUGAGGGCCAUCAUACUGCAUCUGAACAAAAUCCAAGAACACUACACCCAGAACCGCAUGAACGCAGGCAACCUAGCGAUUUGCUUCGGACCAACCCUCAUGGGCGCCAACUCCGGCGGCAACAUCGCCGACGCAGGGUGGCAAGUCCGAGUCAUCGAAACGAUCCUCAACAACACAUUCCAGAUCUUCGACGAUGAUUAG